AUGCCCACUUCUGCCAUGCGACGUGCGUUGGCCGUGAGAUUGACGGAUAGCAAGCGCGAUAUUCCUCAUUACUACCUCGCCUCUGAUAUCCAAAUGGAUCGAUUGACCAGUUUGAGAGCUUCGUUAAGCAAAGCUGCAACUACUCAACCAAACUCUGCUCAAGGUGCGGCGCAAGCACCUCCGAAAUUGACCAUCAACGAUUUUGUGAUCAAGGGUGUAGCACUUGCCUGUGCAGAUGUACCAGAGGUCAAUGCAGAAUGGCACGGCGAAUUCAUCAGACAAUUCAACACCAUUGACAUUUCAGUCGUUGUUGCUACGUCUACUGGAAUAUGCGUCCCGGUCGUCAGAGAUGUGGGGAGUAAAGGCUUAAACUCGAUUUCAUCACAAGUCAAAGCUUUGGCCGAAAAGGCUAGAAAUUAUUUAUUAACUUCAGAUGAUCAUGAAGGUGGAGGUUUUAUGGUUUCCAACUUGGGAAUGUAUGGAUCUGUAUCAAAUUUUACGUCUAUUAUCAAACCACCUCAAACUUGUACCUUGGCAAUUGGAGGACUUCAUAGGAAACUAGUGAUGGAUGCUACAAGUGAAAGAGGGUUUAAGGAGAUCGAGAUGAUGAAGGUUACUUUGGCUUUGGAUCAUCGGGCUUUAGAUGGAGCUGUUGGUGCUCGAUGGUUGAAAGCGUUCAAGGGUCAUAUGGAGAAUCCUGUUUCAUUCAUGCUUUGA